AUGCUGCUCUUGAUCAUUACUAUAGUACUAUUUGGUUCCUCCACAUCUAGAGUCAGGAAUUCAUGUAAAGAGCAUGGACUUGAAAAAAGGGAAAUUAAAAAGUCCUUGCAGCAGUAUACAAAUAAAACGCUGACUUACGACCGCAAACUUCGACAAAUUGCUGAAUUUGGAGGAGCUGUAGGUCUAGAAGUCAAAUCUGUCAGGGAAGGAAAAGCCGUUUUGUCUAGCUUUUAUGGAGAUAACAAUCAGCUCGUAAAAAAAUUGGGCUGGGAUUGGAAAAAAUAUCUAGCAAAGCUGAAAAGUCCACGUAUCUACUUUGGAUGCUCUUGUGGAAAGACUCGUCACAAUAGAACAAAAAUUUUCUGCAUUUUCUCUGAAUCCCGUGUUGCAAGACAGUCGGUAGAACAGUAUAGAUUACAUACCCAUAUAUUUUCAGAAUCAAUGGAUGGUUAUGAUCCAGUGCUUUUUCCAACACCCAUUAUCUUCGGUACUCUAUCUACCAUUGGUAUCACCGGCAACAUCAUUAUGGUCAUAGCAACAUAUAAAGCCAAGAGAAUGAAGUCGCCCUGUCACAUCCUCAUCGCAUCCAAUUGUCUAGCUGAUGCGAUUCACGAAACUGGCCAGUAUGCAUUCGUUUACCAUUUUUUCAACAAAUCGUUUAUGACACAAUCUGAUUGUUUCUACUUGUUAUCAGUUCCGAUACUUGGUGCAAGCUUUGGAAGUCCUCUGAUAUUAUGUCUUGGCAUAGAUCGACUUAUAGCGAUCAAAUUUCCGUCAAGAUAUCGUUUCUUCCAAACUAUGCCAUACACUUAUAUUGCUGCGCAUAUGGUUUUCCCCACUUUAUAUGCUCUAUAUAUUGUUGCAUGGAGCUUCGUUACCAGAAAUGAGGCGUUUGUUCAAUGCUCGGUUCCUCAAGGUUUUGGAGUUGGUUUCGCGGUUUUCAACCAAGCUGGAACCGCAGUCAAUGUGGCCAUUGUUGCAGCCUACAUUACUGCGUAUAUCAUUCUGAAACGGAGCAAUGCAAGCUCGAAGAUGAAAAUCGUGUUCAAGUCCAUUUUCGUGACAGUAGCAGUUGUGAUGGGCGGAUGGUUCGCAACUUUUGUUGUAAACAAUCUAUGCCCUUAUAUUACCUCAGAUGAAUACUGGACGAUGGUGAUUAAUAUGUAUGCAGGAAUAAUGGUAAAUGGUUGUGGUGCCACGAACGUUUUUGUAUACUACUCAAUCAACACUGAAUAUCGAGAAGUCAUCAGAACGAUGUUCGGCAUGAGAACUCCAGUCAAGAAAAUACAUGAAGUCAGUACAAUGCACGGAUUGGAUUCCACGAAAACCGCCAGCCCUUCUACGAUUGCAAUCCUUGACUAG